UAGUUUCCACAUGCCAAUCCUCCUCGGCGUGAAAAAGAAGCAACAUUGCGGGCAUAGUAUAUACGUUCUACUCUAUCCAAGUAAACCAGGCAGGAACUGAUUGCAAGGUCCACCUGGUGUCCUCUGUUGCCAACCCAUCUGGACCUUUCUCGCGCCUCAAUCAAAUAACUCCCCGUGUUUUCUCUCUGCGGCUUUUCAUCGAGCAGGUUUGCUUCAUGAAUAUGAUUAGGCUAUUUAAAGUAAAGGAAAAGCAGAGAGAACUUGCUGGAAAUGCCAAUGGUGGGGCACCUAUAAAGAAGCAAUCUGCUGGAGAAUUGCGUCUUCAUAAAGAUAUCUCUGAGCUGAAUCUACCAAAAUCAUGUGUCAUGUCAUUUCCCAAUGGCAAGGAUGACUUGAUGAACUUUGAGGUUUCCAUUCGACCUGAUGAAGGAUAUUAUUUAGGUGGCACAUUUGUGUUCACCUUCCAAGUUUCUCCCAUCUAUCCACACGAGGCACCAAAAGUCAAGUGCAAAACCAAGCUUUAUCAUCCAAACAUUGACUUGGAAGGCAAUGUCUGCCUCAACAUCUUACGGGAAGAUUGGAAACCUGUCCUUAAUAUAAACACUAUCAUCUAUGGACUGUAUCAUCUGUUCACGGAACCAAAUUAUGAGGAUCCCCUAAAUCAUGAUGCAGCUGCAGUGUUGAGAGAUAACCCAAAGAUGUUUGAAGCUAACGUGAGAAGGGCUAUGGCCGGUGGGUACGUGGGGCAAACCUUUUUUCAACGUUGUUUGUAGAUUUGGUACAACUGAAUGCCAUGUUCAACAUUCAUCAAUGAUUGAAUGCCCUCGGAUUGGAUUGAAAAAUUUGCUUGCAAAUCACAUAUUCUGUUGUCUUUUUUAA